AUUUUGGCUUCAUUUCAGCGCGCAGGUUGACGCUGCUGACGCCGCUCCUCCGCCAUCUUCAACUUCCUAUUGUUUGCAUCAGACUGAGGCUGUCUGCGGUGUGUGUGAGAGCAGAGUCGGCCGCCGAUUUAUCAUUAAAUAGUAGAUAUAGCCUUUUCGUUCGCGGUUGCUCAAGUUCAGCACAAACCAUUUGUAUGUCAUUGGAUUAAAGAGCUCUCAGGACGCGACCACUAAACCUUGAUGAUGGAGGACGAUCAACCCAGAACCUUGUAUGUUGGGAAUCUGUCCAGGGAUGUCACCGAGCCCCUCAUUCUCCAGGUCUUCACACAGAUAGGACCCUGCAAGAGCUGUAAAAUGAUAGUUGAUACGGCUGGAAAUGACCCAUACUGCUUUGUGGAGUUCUAUGACCACAGACAUGCUGCUGCCUCAUUGGCAGCCAUGAAUGGAAGGAAAAUAAUGGGUAAGGAGGUCAAAGUCAACUGGGCCACGACGCCAACCAGCCAGAAAAAAGACACAAGUAAUCACUUUCAUGUCUUCGUCGGAGACCUCAGCCCAGAAAUAACCACAGAAGACGUCAAAGCUGCCUUCGGUCCAUUUGGCAGGAUAUCAGAUGCUCGUGUUGUGAAGGAUAUGGCUACAGGGAAAUCUAAAGGCUAUGGCUUCGUGUCUUUCUUCAACAAAUGGGACGCGGAGAACGCCAUUCAGCAGAUGGGGGGUCAGUGGUUAGGAGGCAGACAGAUUCGAACUAACUGGGCCACAAGAAAGCCCCCCGCCCCAAAGACUACCUAUGAAAAUAACUCCAAGCACCUAUCCUUCGAUGAAGUAGUGAAUCAGUCCAGCCCCAGUAACUGCACCGUGUACUGUGGCGGAGUCAGCACAGGACUGACAGAACAACUCAUGAGACAGACGUUCUCUCCCUUUGGACAAAUCAUGGAAAUCAGAGUUUUCCCAGACAAAGGUUAUUCAUUUGUGAGGUUUAACUCUCAUGAGUCAGCAGCUCAUGCCAUUGUGUCAGUGAACGGCACCUCCAUAGAGGGUCAUAUAGUCAAAUGCUACUGGGGUAAAGAGACCCCCGACAUGAUGAACCCCAUGCAGCAGAUGCCCAUGCCCCAGCGCUGCAGAACCUCCUCAACAGGGGAGUCUGCAGCCUGA